AUGGUCAAAACUUUUCAAGCAUACCUGCCCUCGUGUCACCGCACUUACUCGUGCAUUCACUGCCGUGCUCACCUCGCCAAUCACGACGAACUCAUCUCUAAGGUGAGCCGUGCUAGAUCAGGUAACGGACAGACUUCUCGCAUUCACUUCCGAGACUCUCUGCGUACACUUGGUGAACGUGGGCUGUGGUCCUGCGGAAGAGCGAGUCUUGCUAACUGGCCUUCAUGCUGUCGCUGAUAUUUACUGUGAAUGUUGCAAGACCACCCUUGGGUGGAAAUACGUAAGUAUUCGCCUUGUGAUAUGUACAUCUGUCUGACGAUGACACAGAGCCACACCAGAGUUGCGUACGUGUAGAAAUCGAUCACAGCUCUGUGUACCGUUCGGUUGCAUGAAUUAUGUUAAUCUGUUGGAAAUUUUGCAGGAGCAUGCGUUCGAGUCGAGUCAAAAGUAUAAGGAGGGCAAGUUUAUAAUCGAGCUUGCUCACAUGAUCAAGGAGAAUGGAUGGGAAUAG